GUCCCAUGUUUCUUCCCCACCCUUUUUCUCUCAUAAACAACACACAAUGCCUAUUUCACACUCUUCCUCCUUAUAAAUAUCAAUACCCCAACAAAGUCAUUUCUUCAGUGUAACAGGACAGCCUAAUUAAAUCUCGAAAAAAAUGGCAUCCUCGGUCUCUUUUCUCUUUCUCGCUUUAGUACUUCUCCUUUUUCUCUCUCAUCCUUCUCUAUCUUUGUCCAAUAAUGAUGAUGAUUUUGUCCUAUCAUCAACUAAAUUCCCUGUACCAAUGGCAGAAAAACUCAUCAAACAGCUUAACUUGUUUCCUAAACAUGAUGUCAACAAGGCAGGGAAAUCUGUAGCAGCCAGUACUGAGCAAAAUCUCUUUGAGAAGAGAUUUAAUUUAUCUUACCUUGGUAAUUCUGGAGCAAGUGUUCAAGAUUUGGGUCAUCAUGCUGGUUAUUAUCGUCUUCCACACACUAAAGAUGCAAGGAUGUUUUAUUUCUUCUUUGAAUCAAGAAGCAGCCAAAAAGAUCCAGUUGUUAUAUGGCUAACAGGAGGGCCAGGAUGUAGCAGUGAAUUGGCUGUGUUUUAUGAAAAUGGACCUUUCAAUAUAGCAGACAAUAUGUCACUUGCCUGGAAUGAUUACGGCUGGGACAAGGUCUCAAACUUAAUAUACGUUGAUCAACCAACUGGAACUGGUUUCAGUUAUACUUCUGAUGAUGAUGAUAUUCGUCACGAUGAAAGGGGUGUAAGCAAUGAUCUUUAUGACUUCUUGCAGGCCUUCUUCAAGGCACAUCCUCAGUAUGUAAAGAAUGAUUUCUACAUCACUGGAGAAUCAUAUGCUGGGCAUUACAUUCCUGCAUUUGCUUCUCGGGUUCAUCAAGGUAACAAGAACAACGAAGGAAUUCAAAUAAACCUUAAGGGAUUUGCCAUUGGUAAUGGACUCACUAAUCCGGAAAUUCAGUACAAAGCCUACACUGACUAUGCAUUGGAUAUGAGAUUGAUCAAACAAUCUGACUACAAUGUUAUAGACAAAUCAUAUCCAAAAUGUCAACAGGCAAUUAGGCUUUGUGGAACUGAUGGUGGAAGUGCUUGCAUGGCUGCAUAUCUUGUUUGCACUAGCAUCUUCAACAAGAUAAUGAAUGUUGUGGGUAACAAAAAUUACUAUGAUGUAAGAAAGACUUGUGAUGGUGAUCUCUGCUAUGACUUCUCCAACAUGGAAAAUCUCCUCAAUGAUGAACAAGUUAAACAUGCCCUUGGUGUCGGGGAUAUUGAAUUCGUCUCUUGCAGUUCUACAGUUUACCAGGCAAUGCAGUUGGAUUGGAUGAGGAAUCUUGAAGCUGGUAUUCCUCCACUCCUUGAGGACGGAAUCAAGCUACUUGUCUACGCAGGGGAAUAUGACCUUAUCUGCAACUGGCUAGGGAACUCGAGAUGGGUGCACGCAAUGGAAUGGUCGGGGCAGAAAGAUUUUGGGGCAGCACGAUCCAUUCCUUUUACAGUAGAUAGUGAAGAGAAAGGAAUUCAAAAGAACCAUGGGCCUCUAACAUUCCUCAGGGUCCAUGAUGCAGGUCACAUGGUUCCAAUGGAUCAACCUAAAGCAGCACUUGAAAUGCUCCAGAGGUGGAUGCAAGGGAAAUUGUCUAAGGAAGGUCACUUUGCUCAUAUGUAACUUCUUCAACUUAUGAGCCACAAUACCAAGACAAAAAUAACAGUUUUACAAGUUCAUACGCUCUUCCAGGAAAUGUGAUACAGUGUAAAUAGACUUUCACCAUUUCAUGUUACUCAACAGUCAAUGAAAUGUUUCUAUUUUGAGGAGAA